AGCAAAGAGAAACCAGCCUUUGGAAAGUUGAAUAUAAACAAACCCACAUCUGAAAGAAAAGUCUCUGUAUAUGGUAAAAGAACUAGUGGACCUGGAUCCCGGAACAGUCAAUUUGGUAUAUUUUCCUGUUCUGAAAAAAUCAAAGACCCAAGACCACUUAAUGACAAAGCAUUCAUUCAGCAGUGUAUUCGUCUACUCUGUGAGUUUCUUACAGAAAAUGGUUAUGCAUAUAGUGUGUCCAUGAAAUCUCUACAAGCGCCUUCUGUUAAAGACUUCCUAAAGAUCUUCACUUUUCUUUAUGGCUUCCUGUGCCCUUCAUAUGAAUUUCCUGACACAAAGUUUGAAGAAGAGGUUCCAAGAAUCUUUAAAGGGCUUGGGUAUCCUUUUGCAUUAUCCAAAAGCUCCAUGUAUACAGUGGGGGCCCCUCAUACAUGGCCUCACAUUGUGGCAGCCUUAGUUUGGCUAAUAGACUGCAUCAAGUUACAUACUGCCAUGAAAGAAAGUUCACCUUUAUUUGAUGAUGGACAGCCUUGGGGAGAAGAAACUGAAGAUGGAAUUAUGUAUAAUAAGUUGUUUUUGGACUACACCAUAAAAUGCUAUGAGAGUUUCAUGACUGGUGCCGACAGUUUUGAGGAGAAACUAGAAUCCGAAACAAUGAAACAGGAGAAUACUCGACUACAGAAUAUUGUUGAUAACCAGAAGUACUCAGUUGCGGACAUUGAGAGAAUAAAUCAUGAAAGAAAUGAAUUGCAGCAGACCAUUAAUAAAUUAACCAAGGACCUGGAGGAUGAACAACAGCAGUUAUGGAAUGAGGAGCUAAAAUAUGCCAGAGGCAAAGAAGCGAUUGAAACACAAUUAGCAGAGUACCACAAAUUGGCUAGAAAAUUAAAACUUAUUCCUAAGGGUGCUGAAAAUUCCAAAGGUUAUGACUUUGAAAUUAAGUUUAAUCCUGAAGCUGGUGCCAACUGCCUUGUGAAAUACAGAGCUCAAGUUUAUAUUGAAACACAAUUAGCAGAGUACCACAAAUUGGCUAGAAAAUUAAAACUUAUUCCUAAGGGUGCUGAAAAUUCCAAAGGUUAUGACUUUGAAAUUAAGUUUAAUCCUGAAGCUGGUGCCAACUGCCUUGUGAAAUACAGAGCUCAAGUUUAUGAAGCUGAGGAAGAGGACAAAAAAUGUGCCAAUGAACUGGAAUCCUUGGAGAAACACAAGCAUAUGCUGGAGAGUGCUGUUAAUGAGGGCCUCAGUGAAGCUAUGAAUGAAUUAGAUUCUAUUCAGCGGGAGUCUAUGUUUACGUGCUUUAAUCUACAGCAGAAACACCUUGAGGAGCAGAUUGCUAAAGUUGAUAGAGAGUAUGAAGAACACAUGUCUGAAGAUCUCUUGGAAAAUAUUAGAGAGAUUGGAGACAAGUAUAAGAAGAAAGCUGCUUUAAUUAAGUCUUCUGAUGAAUGAAGAUAAAAUGCUGAUUAUCUAAGAAAGAACUUUACUAACAGUGUAAAUUUUUAAAUGUCCUUUGUAGGUUUGAAAAAUCUCUAACAUACCCUAUACCCCUUCUUACAAUUAAGUCUCAUGACCACAUUUUCCCAUGCCUGUGAAAUAUUUUUAUAGCUUUUAUAAACCUGGUUUAUUAUCUUAAAUGAUGUAUAACCUGAAAUUAUGAUAAUUUGUUGGUUUGUUAUCUUUAGAUGUAAAGGACGAGUUAUAUUAUAUACCCAGAGUUAAUAAAAUGUUAUCAGUAUUUAUGGUUUUUCCGUGAUUUCUCUGCCUAA